ACGGUGGAACAACCAAGGAAAAAUAUCAAGCAUCAGAACGUCUGGUGGAAAAAGGUUGUAUUCAGUGACAGACUUGGAAAAAAUAUUUCAAGAAAAAGUAAAUGAAAAGAAAAAGAUCUGUUAUGCAAGAAACGAUACAAAGAUCUUGGUACUUGGUUCAGACGUCAAUGUUGAUGAUACAGAAUCCGGAGAGUUUGUCAAGGAUUUAUUAUCCAUCAUUACUAUCUUCACGACAAGACACAAUGGACUCAGAUCAGCUCAGAACAGGAAACAACAAAGAGAAAUUAAAAACUCAAAAGAUACAAAUGUACCCAACAUCGGAAGAAAGAGAAAAAUUAAGAAAAUGGAUGGGAACUGUGAGCAUUACUUGAAUGAUAAAUAUUUUGCAAAUGAAGAAUUGUCAUGGGUAAAGGAAACACCAAAGGAA